GAGAUGGAUGAUUUGAGAGAAAGGAAAAAUGCAUUUGAGAAUAAAAUCUUCAAGCAAACACAGAACCUGGAGACAGUGAAGGCACAGAUGAACUGGGACCAGCAGACAUUGGAGGCAUGGCUAGAAGAGUCAACUAGAAGGGAUGAAGAUGCUAUGACGUUGCAGAAAUACACCAGACAGGAUGAAGGCAAAAUCAAGGAACUAUCCUGUCGCAUGGAGAAGUUAAUGGAAGAAGCUUCAAAGAAGAAACUCCAACUGCAUUUUGAGAUAACAACCACAAUAACUUCACAAAUUGAACUGGACAAAAUUGCUGAUGACUUCCGUCGUGCUCACAUUGAGAGAGAAGAGCUUUUAUCUCAGUGGGAAAACACAGUUGAACAAAUGCAGAAACGUGAUCAUGAAAUGGAUCUGUUGGCUUCUAAGCUGGCUGUUUCAAAGCAGACAGUGCGACUAAACAAUCACACGAUUCAGGAGAAAUUACUGUUCCUUGAGCAUGAAAAGGAAAACAAUUUAGAGUGUGAGAAGAAAAUUACCAUAGCUGAACGACAGAGUGCCCAAACAAGGAUGGAACUGUUACAGGCUGAACAGCAAAAACUGCAAUUUGAAAAUGAGGCUAACACCCUGAAGCGUACAGUGGACAGAACAGCACUAGAUCUGGAGUUGACACGAGUAGCAGUCAAUCAUUUAAAGAAAGACAUUGUGGAUAAAAGUGCAAAAUUGCAGCAAGUCACAAACCUCAGAGAAGUGCUUGUGGAGAAACUAAAAACAGCGGUCAAUGCUACACUCACUGCUGGGGAAAAGGCCACACAGAUGGAAGAUUUACUGCAAGCUGAGGAAAAAAAGCAGGAGGGCUUGAAUAUGCAAAUGAAACGAAUUGGAGAUGCAUUGUAUAAGAAGAGCAAGGAGUUAACGGACGCCAAAACCACAGAAAAAAUGACAGAAGCAGCCAUUAAUGCAGCCCAAAAUGCUGUUAAGAACCUGGCCAGUAAACUAAACCGACUAGAUGCAGAUGCUCUGAAACAGCAGGAGAUUCUCUAUGGACAGGAUUUUACACUUCAACAACUGGAGCGACGUUGUAUGCGCAUGCAGGGAGAGCAAAACUCAGAGGAAAAGACAGAUUUAGAGAGCACUAUAGCUGAGCUUCAGAAGAACCUUGACAAUAAAACGCACACAUACACACUUCUAACAGCGCAACUAAAGAGAGUACAGGAUGACAGCCGCCGGAUCAAGCAAGAAACAUUGGCAAUCCAGGCAGACAAUAAAGACAUGCUUUCUAAAACCGAGGAGCUUAAUCUGUAUAAUGACAGCGCUGAAGCUGAACUCAAGCACAGCAUCCAAAUAAAGCAGGGUCUAAUGGUUGAUGAGAACCUUUUGAAACUGAAGAUCAGGAAGCUUCAAGAUCUGCUGAACUCCAAAGUAGAUGGUAUUAUGUCACUGGAGAAGAGAAAGUUGCAACUGAACACGGCUAUGAAAGAGCGCCAUCUGGAAAUUAAGAUCCACAAAGAAAUGUUGCAGGCUCAGAUUAAGGCCACCGAUGAAGAAAGGCAGCAGAUCAGUGCAGAGUUGCAUGAGAGAAUAUCUAAAAUUGACAAAAUGAGAAAAAGAUAUGAAAUUUAUACAGUAUCCAUGGCACCACCAGAAGGGGAGGAGGAAAGGUCACAGGCAUAUUAUGUAAUUAAAGCAGCACAAGAGAAGGAGGAGCUACAGAGAGAAGGAGAUGACCUUGAUGCUAGAAUCAGAAAAGCUGAGAAGGAAAUCCUUGCCCUAGAGAACACACUCAAGUUGAUGAAUGGUAGAAAUGAACAGUACAGAAAGAGCUUCAACAAAAUCAUGGAAGGAAGUAAUGAGAUGGAAGAGAAACAUGAGUUGGAUGAACAGUUCCGAGCAGUCAUGGAUAAAUUUAAAUAUAAACGACGUCAAAUACAAGAAUUGGAAGAUGAUUUGCAUACAAUGAGUACAACAAUGGACAACUUAACCAAGGAUGAGGAAGCUUAUCUUGCAAUUAUAGAUGAGAAGAAGAACAAAGUACUGCAGCUUAACAAAGAGUCAGAAGACCAGAUUGCUAAAAUUGAAAGAGUUGCCAAACAAAAUGUACGCAUGUCAAGAAGCAUAAAAGCUCAAAGAAAACUCAAGAACGAACUACCAGAAGAGAAGGACUUCAGAGUUAGAGAAUUACGAGAUUUCAUCAAGAAUAUUGUAAAGGUAAUUGGGGAUGCUGCUGCACAGAACCUGGAGAUGUUGGAUGCUGUCCAGCUAUAUUUUAGCCAGGCUAAUCUAAGCCCUCCCUCUGUUAGAGGUACAGCUGGAGGCUCCCACAGCCUUCAAGGAAGCUCAAGAGGAAGCACCGCCUCCAGUGGCAGGAGUGCAGCUAAGCCUUCACCUGUUAAUCUGACUUUCUUCAGUUCAUCGUCCAGUUCUGCAUCGAGUGUUCGAAGUCAAAGGUUGUCUGAACCCCAGCUGCCAUAA